GUGUGUGGGUGGUUGUGUGUGGGUGUUAGGGUGGCUGCUCACUGCUCACUGUUGUUGUAGUUUAAGACGUUGAUGGAACACCUGGACCCAGAUGAGGAGGAUGAGGAGGGGGAGGUGUCGGCCAGCACAGCGGCCAGGAACAAGGCCAUCAAUGCCCUGCUGGGGGGCAGCAGCCCCAAGAACAACGGCGACACUGAGGAUGAUGAGAGUGAUGGGGAGGAGCGGGCAGGAGGAGGCACUCCAGGGGGAUCUCGGAGAUCGAAGCGACUUUGUGAGACGGGGGAGCUGGCGGGGCAGCUGAACGAAGUGGUCGAUGUGAUGGACGUAAUCGCCAUCUGCUGCCCCAAGUACAAGGAUCGGCCACAGAUCGCUCGGGUGGUAGAGAAAACCAACAGUGGUUACAGUGUGCACUGGAUGGCAGGUUCCUACAGCGGCUCUUGGACAGAAGCCAAGCGGCGAGAUGGCCGCAAGCUGGUGCCUUGGGUGGACAGUGUGAAAGAAUCGGACAUCAUAUACAAGAAAAUAGCCCUGACCAGUGCAAAUAAGCUGACGAACAAAGUGGUACAGACUUUACGGUCACUGUAUGCAGCAAAGGAUGGAUCUUCCUGCUAACACAACACAAAACUGCAGCCAAAUUCACAGCAGUGAGGAGAAUACACUCGGGCAAAGACCACCUUCUGGCCAAUGUACCAGAAUGGAUGCUUCUACAGUCUGUGAAUCGUGCUCCGAUGGGAUCCAGGCAACCAACGCCCGCCCGCGGACAGACUGAGCGAGCGAGCGAGCGAUCGCUGGACUAAAGGAAGGAAAACUUGUCAGAUAGCGUUUUCCUGGUGGGAGCUUCCUUCGCUGUUGUACAGCCGAACCUUUCUGGAUUGAUUUAAACUCCCGCUGUAUUAUAGUUUAACAAACACAAAUUGUUUAUAUCUUGGAAAAAAAAUUCUGUUUAAAAAUAAAGUUAAGUGAAUGUUGGAAAUUUAGUCUGUUAAUGUUCUUAAUAAAGUGUUCUUGGAGUUUAACCAGCUCAAUGGCUUUCUUUAGAGUAGCGGAAGGUGCAGGGACAAGCUAUUUGACAGGAUGUACAAGGCCAGAUUGUGCUGGAGAUAAUUUAUUCUGAUGAGAGAGAGCAGUAUCUGUGACCAACAUGGAGGAGGAGAUUUUAUUUGAUUUUUUGUUUUGUAAAUGUAGAUUUUAAAUGUAUUAGGGUCACUCUGGCAAACACGAAAAGGGAUGCCCAGCAAACAAACUGGCGGAAUAAAUACUGCAAUAAAAUUUUUUACUUCUCUUUGUUA